AUAUAAGCGCCGCGCGCGCGCCCCCCUGUCUCUGCUGCGAGUGACUCCGUCGCAGCCGCUGCUUCUCGCACCGCUCCUGACUCACCGCUGUUCGCUGGGCCGCGCCGCCCCGCCCCGCCCGGGAAUAAGUCGGUCAGGAGAACUCUGCAGCCAUGGCAUUUAAAGAUAGUGGCAAAGCACCUGUGGAACAGGAAGUAGCAAUUCACCGAAUUAGAAUUACCUUGACAAGUCGCAAUGUAAAGUCCCUUGAGAAGGUCUGUGCUGAUUUGAUCAGAGGUGCCAAGGAAAAGAAUCUAAAAGUGAAGGGGCCUGUUCGCAUGCCUACUAAGACUCUGCGAAUCACUACUAGGAAAACACCUUGUGGUGAAGGUUCUAAGACCUGGGAUCGUUUCCAGAUGCGUAUCCACAAGCGUCUCAUUGACUUACACAGUCCCUCUGAGAUUGUUAAGCAGAUCACUUCUAUCAGUAUUGAACCAGGUGUAGAAGUUGAAGUUACAAUUGCUGAUGCCUAAACGCCUGUCAUCUACUUUAAUAAAAGUUGAUUUGUAAUUUUGUGUUUUCUGAAAUAGAAUCUUGACUAGAAUCAUGACUAGAAACUUUCAUGAAUAAAGAACCGAAACAAAAUGGCAUAACAAUCAAGACUCCAAGCAUUUUGAGGGGAAUGGUUGGUCAAGUCUUGAGUAGAGGUGAAGGUUACAUUAUUUUCUUGUUUACCAUUGUUAUAUAACUGCUUUAAUGUAUUUUGAAGACGGGAGUGCAGUGUGAUGUUUCAAACUAAAAUAAGAAAAAUUUCGUAGUGAUUUUUAUUUGCCUGAAACAACUUAUAGGCUGUACUCAGCCACUUUUCUCAGAUAAAAUCUGGUUUAACAGUGAACUGCAAAGCCUCAAAUCCCCUUUAAGUUUGCUCCUUUAUGAUGUAUAAAGAGAGGCUAAACUUUUAUUUUUUUAAAAUCAUGCCUGUUAAGGAAGACCAAGAGGUCCUGGGAAUACUUAUUGUGAGACUAUCUGAAGCAGUGAGUAUAUUGAAUAUUUAACAAACACCUUUAAUCUCAAAUGUGAAUUCAGCAUUGAAGUUAAAUAGCCUGUUUUAAAAGCUUUUAACAGCUGACUUAAACUCUUGUGAUAUUUCACCAGUCUUAGGGCUUGUCUUCAUGUACAGCGGUGCAACUGGACCAAUGCAGCUGCGCUGCUGUAGUGCUUUACUGAAGAUACUAUGCUGAUGGGAGAGCUUCCAUUUGCAUAGUUAGCUGCUUCCUCUUGGGCAGGUGGAUUAUGUCAAAGGGAAAGCUCUCCCAUGGACAUAGCACUGUCUGUAUGGGGGUUAGGUUGGUGUAACGUCACUUGUGAUGUGUGGAUUUUUCACACCCGUGAGCGACUUAGUUACUGAUAGAGGUCUGUAGCAUAGACCUGGCCCAAGUCUUCCGAGUUAGAUAGAACCUGAAUUCCUAGUGUAGUUAAGGAAAAAAAAUUCAGGACCCUCCCCACUUUGUAUAUAAAGCAAUGAAAGGGCAUGGGUCCAAUUUUUGGUUUGUGUAUUCUUUAAGGAUCUUCAAAGAUCUUGCAGUAAUCUUCAAGAGAAGGAAGGACCUGAUAUUUCCAAUGUUAGGUUCAUGGUUAUUACAACAAAGAGCAGUAAAAAGGUAAAGACAAAGCUUUAAUUGCAAAACUGAAGUCAAGCUUUACAAAUCUGUAAUACUUGAUUCAAUCCCCUGUAUAAUUCAGUUAAGGACUGAAAGAAAUGCUUGACAAUUUCAUUCCUUGCAGAUAUGUUCAUGUCACCACUCUAGUGUACUUUUGAGGGCCUGUUGCUCUGUGAAGUCAAAAUCAAAAAUGCCUGUUCCUACAGGAUGCUUGGAGAAUAGAUGAGGCUUCACCUAGUGUCUUCAAACUUCAAUUCCUUUCUGAUAGAUACACAAUAUUUCUAAUUCUGUGAAAUAUACUAUAUACCCGAAUCAGCCUAAU